CCUCCUUCAUCUAAACCUUACCAUUGCAGACUAAUGGCAGACCUUACUGGCCGUCAAUCUUCCACCGCAAUCGACCAUCUAAGCCGAGGCUUCGAGCGUCUGACUCAACUCCUCGCCCUCCUCUCCUCCUCUCCGGCGAAGUCAACCACCACAUCACCGGCCAUCGUGCUCGUCGAAAACGCCAUGCGCUGCAUUGCCACCGCUCUCUCUGUGCUGCAAACCGGAGAUGAAGAUGGUCGGAAGGGUUCGGAUUCUCGGAAAAGGAAUAAAGGGAGGAUGGAGUCAUGGAGGAUUGUCACUUCAGUGCCACAUUUUGAUGGUCAUCAGUGGCGCAAGUAUGGCCAGAAGCGCAUUCACAGCUCAGUGUUUCCGAGAAGCUACUACAAGUGCACGCACAACAAAGACCAAGGUUGCCAAGCAACGAAAACAAUCCAACGGAAGGAAGACAACAACUCCAAUCCUCCACAGUUCGUGGUCAGCUACAGCAUGCAUCACACUUGCAAAGCCAAAGAGACUCAAGAAAUCCCCUUUGUAAUGGAUUCAUUAGCCAAUACUAAUGAGCAUUCUACUUACAUUAGCCAAGCAGCGUCCCCUGAUCAUUCGCUAGCAUUGGAUCUACAGGUAGAAGAUUUUGAGCCGGAGAGUCUAAUGGACUCCAUGCUUUCUCCUCCUAAUGAGCUUAAUGGAGAGACGAAUUGGUUCGAUGGCGACAGCAUGAUGUCACCUUUGCCUGCUUUCGAAUUUGAUUGGAAUUACCAGAUGAGUUAGUUGUUAAGUGGGAUAAUAAGGUAGGUUGAGUUUAUAUGUAAAAGUACGAGACAGCAGUGGCUACAUAUUUAGGCUUGUAUGAUGAUCAUGUUUAUGGUCGUUUAAGAGCAGUUAUCAUAAGCUCUGCAUGAAGAAGUUUGUGUAUAGAGUCUCAUAAAUUUAGCUGAGAGAAUUUUCUAUUAGUUUACUAUUUGAAAAUUUGCUUGUU